GGUUAUGAGCCUAACCAGUCAAGCAGAGCUCUGCAGUCAGGUGAAGAACCAGACAACAAUGGUGAGAAAAAGGAAAAUUAUGAGCGAAAUACCAAUUUGUCUCCUAAAAAGACAAGUGGAGGGAAACAAGCUUCUGAUCCUCCAAAGGAAGGAUAUAUUCACAUGAGGGCUCGAAGAGGCCAGGCCACAAACAGCCAUAGUCUUGCAGAAAGAGUAAGGAGAGAAAAGAUUAGUGAAAGGAUGAAGUUCCUUCAAGACCUUGUGCCGGGUUGCAAUAAGGUCACAGGGAAGGCAGUUAUGCUCGAUGAAAUCAUUAACUAUGUCCAGUCACUACAACGACAGGUCGAGUUCUUAUCAAUGAAACUCGCAACCGUAAAUCCUCAGCUUGAGUUAAACCUCGAUGGCCUCAUGGCUAAAGAAGCCCUUCAGCUACGACCUGGUCCCUCAUCUGCACCACCAUUUCCCCAAAGCAUCAUGCCAAUGGCUUAUCCUCCUCUACCGCAUCUUUCCCAACCUGGAUUCAUGGAACCGACUCUCUCUUGCAUGAGAAAUGUCAACCGAUUCUCUCUUGCAUGA